AUGGGAGCCACAAUGAACCCUGAAACUGCAGAUUACUACUUCAUCUCUGGACAGUCCUCUCCAUCUGUCAGUUAUACAGGCAGCUUCUUCAUCAAGACUGAGCAAUGCCAGGAUCAAGAAUCCCUCUUCAACCUGAUGUCAGGCAUCCUUGGACUUUCUCCGUUCUCUGCUUCAGAAGCCCACCAGAGACAAUCAGACACUGUCUACAGUGUCCCAGAGGCCAUACAGAACCACCUGGACCUCUAUUCCACCUGCCAACCUGAGCUUAACAUCUCUGUCCAGCCAUCCUUAGCUGAACAAAGCUAUUCCACUUUCUCCAGCCCUGACAGCAACCUGCAAGUCCAAACUUCUACCGAUGUGGGGGGCUCUUCCCAAUGUCUAUUUAACGAAAAACUGCUGGACAGUAAGCAGGGCAUCAAGCUGUCCUCCAUGUCCCCAUCUCUGGAGAAGUUCAAAGCUCCUUGUUCCCACUGGGACUCUCUCAGCCAGUCUCAGACUUAUCUACCAGCAGAGUACCCUACUCCAGAGACAUUUCACCCCAUAGAGACAAGCCAAACAAUGUUCCCCCAGCUGCGAUCCAAAGUCGAGAACGUGCUGUCAGUCAGUUGCCAGUCGGAACUCAACAGUCUCCCAGAACACACGGGGUCCUUCGGACACAAUCUAGAAUUCAGCUGUCAACCAGAACAGUUCCCUACCCACAGCCAAAUCCCCAGUGACUUUGUAGAGACAAAGAUCCCCAGCCUCCCACCUCUUCUCGUCCAAGAAUUUGAAUCUUCCUUACCCCAGCCUGAGGUCAUGUCAAACUUGGUGAACCCCAAUGGCCAGAGGUCGCACACCAGUCACUCCCCAUCAUCUGUCUCCAUGACAGACUUUCUUCCUCAUUCCUCAGUCAAUGCUUUAAUACCUAGCAGGACCUCCGGUGUCCUUGCAGAGCCAAAGAAGAAAUCCCGCAGGGGGAAAUGUUCCUCCAAAUGUUUCUGCCCCAAACCCCAUGAGAAAGCUUUUGCCUGCCCAGUGGAGAACUGCAUCCGGAGUUUUGCUCGGUCUGAUGAACUCAACAGGCACCUCCGGAUCCACACUGGCCACAAGCCCUUCCAGUGCCGCAUCUGCCUGAGGAACUUCAGCCGCAGCGACCACUUGACCACACACGUCAGGACUCACACGGGGGAGAAGCCCUUCUCCUGUGAUGACUGUGGCCGCAGGUUUGCCAGGAGCGAUGAGAAGAAGAGGCACAGCAAAGUCCAUUUAAAGCAGAAAGCCAGAGCAGAGGAGAAGCUCAAAGGCCUUGGGUUCUACUCAAUGGGACUUUCUUUUGGGAUGCUGUAA